AUGGCGGACGAAGCUUUUGUUUAUGCUUACUCAUCAGCUGAAGCUAAAUUUGAUUCACACUUUUGUUGUUUUGAUUGCGCAUUCACUCGCAACGACCACCAACACCUGCUCUAUUUAAAUACGUCCUGUCGACGCGAUACCGCCAUGUAUCACGGUCUCUUGUCCGGUCACAUAUCUUGCUCCAUCGGACACCAGGAACAGCACGGUGUUGCCUAUGAGGCCCAUCGUGUCCGGUGUCUCCAUCAAGUUUGGCACGACUGUAUUCAAGCGUACGCCCUUGGCCGCGUAGAUGACGGCCGCCGCUUUGGUGAGCUAGUCCACUGCAGCCUUCGUGGCAUUAUGCCAGACCGGAGAUUCUCGAAAACCACGUCCUGCUAUGAUCUGGCAAUACAGCCUGUCUUGAUGCGGAAUUUCCGCAAAUGGGUCCGACGCCCUCGGCAUAACACUACCGUGAAGGUUCCUUGGAGACGUCCUGCUUGCUGA